UUUAAACAGACUCUCACUGAAGGAAGUUUCUCCUGCAGCAGAACGAAACUGGACCAUGUCUCCAACUGUGAUCGGGUUUCUUCUCAUCUUGCUUCCAUACCAAGCUAAGAGUGUGACAUUUCAGCCGUCUCAUCCAAGAAUAGUCAACGAAACGUCCAGGGUGGAUUUUAAAUGCAGUCACGAUGAUAAUGCUCUUAAUGUAAUGCUCUGGUACCAGCAAACAGACAGCGGUCUGAUUAAUUUAAUUGGAUACGGCUACACUGGCAGUGACCCCAACUAUGAGCAGCAGUUUAAAGAUCGGUUUAAGAUUACACGAGAGGACACCCUAACAGGAGCUCUGAUCAUUCCCAGUGUCGAUCCAGCAGACUCUGCUGUGUAUUUCUGCGCCGCCAUGAACUUUGAGUGCAGCAUGGGUCCAGGGUUCAGCAUGGACAGCUACACCAUGCUCUGGUAUCGACAAAACCAGCACGGAGCACUGCUGGAGUUCCUCACCAAAGAGUACGACCAAACUGAGGGACGCUUCCAGCCGUCUCUGGAAACAUCCCAGAACAACUUCUCUCUACAGAUUACUGGGCUGCUCCUGAAUGACAGCAGCACUUACUACUGCGCCACAGUCACAGAAAUAGCAGCAGUCAGACAGAACACUGUGACCUACAAUAAUCCUGCUUUCUUUGGAAAAGGAACCAAACUGACAGUUUUAGAACCAAACCUUAAAAUCACCGAACCAACAGUGAAAGUGCUUCCACCUUCAGAAAAGGAGUGUCAAAAGCAGAAAGACGAUUCGAGGAAGAAGACCAUCGUUUGUGUGGCCAGUGGAUUCUACCCAGACCAUGUCAGUGUUGAAUGGAAGGUCAACGGGAUUAAUGAAACCAACGGUGUGGCGACUGAUAACGCUGCCCUGCGGGUAGAAGACAAGUUUUACAGAAUCACCAGCAGGCUGAGUGUCUCUGUAGAAGACUGGUUCACACCCGGCAAAACUUUCACCUGCAUCGUCAAGUUCUUCGAUGGAACAGCAACAACCAGUCAUGAAGAUACAGUUGUGGGUGUUCAAGGCAAAGGUGAAAACGUCAUGACAAGAGAGUAUUAUCUGAAGAUCUCACAGACGGCCAAACUCUCCUACGCUCUUCUAAUCGUCAAGAGCAGCCUCUAUGGAGCCUUUGUGGCCUUUCUGGUGUGGAAGCUUCAGAGAUCAGCCGGAAAACGGAACAACUGAGAGCUGAGGUCUGAGCCAACCUUAGUUUCUGUAAAUAACAUUUGUAGAACAUAUUAUAUGGUUAUAUUUCCACAACUGUGUACGUCACAACAUAUUUGCAUUCAUAUAUAAAUAAGCCAACCAAAUUCUGCUACCAAUAGAGGAGCAUAUUCUCGUUACUUUUUAACGCCAAAACUGGCAUGGAAGUAAGUUUGGUGUAGAUUUUAUAAUCUCUUGUAUGUUUGUGGUCGUGAACUAUUUGAUGCUUCAUUUUCUACUCAAUAAAAGUACGUCAGAGGAUUUUGUCAA